AUGGAAAGUGGAGUAGACAAGGAGAUGGCAACAAGAAAGAGAGGAGGGAUAGAAAGUGAGCGGCAAUACAAGGGGAUAAGGAUGAGGAAGUGGGGAAAAUGGGUGGCUGAGAUUAGAGAGCCUAACAAACGGUCAAGGAUUUGGCUUGGUUCCUACUCAACACCAGUAGCGGCGGCUCGUGCUUAUGACACCGCCGUUUUUUAUUUGAGAGGACCGUCGGCGAGGCUCAAUUUUCCUGAAUUUUUGGCUGGAGAGAAUUUUGGCGGCGGUGGAUCAUGUGGGGACAUGUCAGCUGCUUCUAUAAGGAAAAGAGCGACUGAGGUUGGAGCUCGUGUGGACGCUAUUGAGACAGCGACGUUAAACCACCACCACCACCACCACCCGCAUCAUCAUGAUGACCGUCAAAGAAAUAGUAAUAAUAGCAGCAGUAGUAAUGAUAACAAUGAAACGGUUGUUGACAGUGGAGAGUUGAAGUCACGGCCAGUUGACUUGAAUAAGGUGCCUGACCCAGAGGAUUCCGAUGGAGAUGAGUGGGGGAGGAGUUAG